AUUUAAAUAACAUAUUUAAUGUCAUUAUGUGCAGGUAGGGAUGGGAUAGGUUGACAUAUUUGACCACACCUCCUGUAUUUUGGUGGGGCUCUUAGCUGGACCACUACAAAUACUUGAGUCACUCCUGCAAGCUCCAGACCUGCAUCCUCCUCGGGUCCCUUUCCACAGGCAACAGCAAGCAUGAAUCCAAGCAUUUGGAGCAAAGGUAUGUAUCCUUCCAGCAGCAUUUGCCUUGACGGCUGCACCACAGAGCACCUCUCCUCCUUUCAGCCAGACCCCGUGCUGUCAAACUCAGAUGUGUCAGGUGUCCCUGUGUCUUCACACAAAGACGGCGAGGACAUAAAGAUGCUCCCGGAGAAUGCCUAUUACAGCAGCAAUGAUGCUGGUUCAAGUCUGUUUUGCUCUGGCCAGCUGGAGCUCAGUCCAUCCAGAGACGGCACCACUGGACAUUUACCCCCCAGGAGGCACCUGUCUCCUGCUCCGAGUUCUUGUGGUCACCCUGAGUGGAACUUAAACAGUGGCCGUCAAGCAAAACGUGCCAGGGUAGAGAAUAUCAUCAAAGGCAUGACCAGCUCAAGUCAGGAUGUGGAGUCAGGCGGCAUGCAGGAAAAUGAAAGGAUUCAGGAUCAGGAGCAUGUGGAAAGAAGCCAGACGACGAGAAAUCACCUUGAGAGUCAGCAUCAGCACCUCAGACAGCUCAGAACAAGGUUCGGCCAUGUGGACGAAACAGCUGACACUACGGACAGCAGCAAGGACAGGAAAUACCCCACCUGGAACCAUUCUUCUGAAACAUCUCCAAGGGAGGCAUUCACAGAUUCUCACAGUGAGUCUGAGAGCAGCUCGAGUAGAAAAUAUCAAGGAUGGAAGAAGAUGAAGCUGAUGAACUACUUCCAGUCCAAACCUGAGAGAUUAAAGCUGAUGGCGGAUGUCUUAAAGUACGAACUGUCCAGAGCUGUCAGCAGGAGCGUCGACUCUAUUUUCAAAAGCAUGCCGCUUCUACAGACAUCACUAAACGACGAGGGGAGUAUAGAGACAGAUACGCCUCUUCAGCCAUCUGUAGGUAAAGAUGAUACAUUAAGACUUUCCUGUUGCACCAAUACAGAGGUGCAAGUCCCAAAUGUUCAGACUGAAGCUCUGUCUCUGGUUGUGCAAAAGCCUCGACUGGAAAGAGCUGACAAGUUCAUCUUUCAGUCCAGAUCAAGAGCUCAGCAUCAUCCCAAACCUUCAGUCCCCUUCACUUGUGACUCCACUCACAACACUGCCCGUCCACAUGCCCUCAGGUGUUUGCACGAUGGAUGCUCCGAAGUGGAUCAAGCAAAGUUUGGCAGACGUUGGAAUUCGGUCAAAGUGAGAUCGAAGGUCAACUCCAGGUCCAUCAGAAGCCCACAGACUGUGUCGGUGGAUCCAUUGCUGCUGGAAAGCCUGUGUCUCCCGCAUGUCAAGAUUGAGUCUGAUUGCCUGAAGAAUAACCUCUACAUGCUGAAUGAGGGUCUGACCACAAAUCACCUGAAGAAAGCAAAGCUCAUGUUCUUCUACACUCGCUACCCGAGCUCGCUGGUGCUGAAAAUGUGUUUCCAUGAUGUGCAGUUCACGCGCUGCAUCACCUCCCAGCUCAUCAAGUGGUUCAGUAACUUCAGGGAGUUCUACUACAUCCAGAUGGAGAAGUUCGCCCGGCACGCUCUCGCAGAAGGAGUGGUCGACGUGAGGGGUCUGACUGUGGGGAGAGAAUCAGAACUUUUCAGGGCUCUCAACAUGCACUACAACAAAGCCAACGACUUCCAGGUUCCUGACAGAUUCCUGGAAGUUGCUGAGAUUACACUGAGAGAGUUUUACAUUUCAAUUUCAGUGGGAAAGGAUCGAGAUCCGUCGUGGAAGAAAGCCAUCUACAAAGUUAUCUGUAAACUGGACAGUGACGUACCAGCUGAAUUCAAAAGUCAUCACGCUGGAUGAGAACCAACCAGGAGACAUCAUGUGCCACAGUGGUUACUGUCACAAUGUGGACUUACUCAUGCCUUGAUCAGCAAACUAUUAGUUUCUGAUGAAGAGCAUGCGUCAUUGUAAAACAGGUGACUGCAUGUCUCCAAUAUGGCAGACUGAUGUCUGAGUUUAUCAACUGUCUGUUAUUGUCGCAUCCUAAGGUUGUUUUGUCAUAUGUAUUUUGCUAUAUAAAUCACAUUAUGUAGCAAUAACACAUAUUCUUAUUGAUUGAAAUGUCUUUUAGUCCAACACUGAACAUUUUCUGAUUUUUGGGAGACAUUUUUCUCUAAGUAGUACAAAAUAAUGUCCACAGCACAUGAGAAAAACAUGUUUAAUAUUCAGCAGAGCUCAUUAUUACCAAGCUGUAUUUAUGUACAGGAUAUAUAAAAUGGAAAUUAAAUGAAUUCAAAAAUUGCUGAAUUAGUACACGAUGUCUGUUGUAGCAGUGGUUCUGUUUCUCUUCCAUACUCACCAUUCAGAUCCAUCCAUCCACUUUCCAUGUGGCUGGUUCUCCUUCGCAAAUCAAACAGGCCUUCAUCAUCCAUUCUGUGUGCUUCGGUCAUAAUGAUCCUUGUUUCAUCUUGUUACUCCCGUAACAGCAUUGAUAAUCCAGAGGAAAAUUUUCCAUGAGUGAAAAUCUUGGACCCCUUUGUUUCACAAGUGGACCCUUUGUAAAUGUAAAAUUUAUAUCAAAAACACCUGCUCCUUUAAUAACUGCAGUGUGCACAUAUGCAUUUGUGCUCUCAACAGCCCAUUAACUAAAAAACUGCUGGCACUGUACAUUUCUGCAAACCACAAAUAUGUCAUAUUUGCAUGUUUCAUAUGUAUCAUAUUGUUUCUCAAGUGAUGUCAUAUGUAAGCUGAAUGUGGGCAAGACACCUGUCAAGCUGCAGACCACUGAUUGAGACCAACAAACAACAAAACCAGUGAUUUAGCGACCCAUAGCUGCUUUUUCCAGCUGAUUUUUAGACAAGAAGAGUGGUUGUUUUUUACUGAAGCAUUGCUGCCUUUCCUACUGAGACUGUGCCCCCCAAACCAGGCAUUUCAGGCCAAAGCAUGACCUUUACUGACCAUAACCAAGUAGUUUUUGUUUCACCCUAUCCGCUACAUAAUAAUGAAAAUGUAACGCAUCCGUGGUUUGUAGAAACAUUUUUUCUGGCGAUUGGGUUGGUCAACAAUGAGUGACAACAAGGGUCAAAGGUAUAUUCUAGUAUACAUCAAAGCAACAUUAUGCAACUUUUUCAAGAAAAUUUAAUUACCUUAAAUAGCAGCUUCAAAAUCAUUUAAAUGCUACACUUAUAAAAGGGAGAAUGGUGCGUCUUUUACUCUGUACCCUCAACGCUUUACCGCACUACAUCACACACCAGAAGUAAGCUCUAAGAAGAAGCUAGCUCGGUGUUGUUGUACUCAUAUACCCUUAGCCAUGCACAAAUUUAACUUUGUAAGUGAGCAAUCUAAUGCAGGGUUGCAAACUGUUUAUACUGUCCUGACGUAAACUGUACAUGGACGUUGGAACUAUUUUCUGAGAGGGGGGGCGGGAUUUUUGUUGGGAGGGGCGGGGGAAGCACGCACACUUAUCAAUGAUUAAGGAUUUGAUUUGAAGUUAUUUUAUAAUAACAUGCAGUUAUAAGAGAACUAGAAUGGAUGAACACGGCAUCUUCAUUGUUAAGAAAAUGAAACUUUGAUAACUAAAUCAAGACAUUUAAGGAACAUAACAGCAUUAUUUGUAACCUUGAAUGAAAAAAAGAAAAGUCUGCGCUCCUGACUGAGGGCUUUCAUGCAUUUCCAAAAGUGGACCUUCUCUCAGUUGACCUACUGAUGAAGAUUUUAAGCAGGGUCGAGACAUCGCUUUCAUCCAUAAGGUCACUGUGAGCGUUCAUAAUGGCCAAAUGUGUUAGUCUCUCCUGCGUCAUGGUGUUACGCAGCCAGGUUUUCAGCCUGCGCAAGGCUGUGAAAGAGCGCUCGGAUGCAGCGACAGAUAUGGGCAGGGCCAGACAGAGCUUAAUGAGCUUCUCCACCUGCAAGGUUUGCAGGAUGGACACAACAUCCUGGAUGCCAAGGCUACUACUACUGUAUGUAGUCAGGCAGGCUGCAUAUCACAUCAAAAGCAUAGAUCUAUGCAUUAAUGAUAUGAAAGAGAUAAAUGUAAGUCAGACAAAUUGAGUUUAAAUUCAGAUUCUUUAUUUUUUUUUAAAGCGUAAUGCAGUGGGUAGGGAGUCUGGGAUGCGGAUGGGAGGGGGUGUGCACCCCCCGCACCCCUAGUUCCGACGUCUAUGAAACUGUAGUGAUCUGUCUCACAGUUAACAGGAAAACAAUAACAAUAUGGCAGCAGAGUGUACACACAAACUGAAUUAGUUGUGCUGGCCCGCCACAAUAUCAACACUGACCGCUAUAUCAAUUUUCUUUUUUCUCUUUAUUUACUACUAAUACAGGUACUACUUUUAAAAUGGGUACAUUUAACUGCGUGCAGUACACUGAUUCGCUCUGCCCCUCCUUGCCCCAUUCUUGGGUUCUCUCUGUGUUUAUCAGGCUACAAAUGAAAUAAGAAUCAGCUAGCUAGUGCAACCUGCAGUCCCUCCACCUCACUGCUGCUUGGGGGUUACUUUGCCGGGAGGAGAGUGGGCGGCAGCCCUAGAGAUGAGCCUCAAAUUCAGCAAGUGCAAAUCCCAGCGCCGGGGGUCACAGCGAUGGGCAGCGGCAUAGCUGGGUCUAACCUGUGUAACAGCAGCAACAGAAAGUUUGCUGUUCCAGCAAGGAGUUGGAGCGGUGUGGGAUGAGCCCCCCAGCGUCUGGGUCUUCACUGGCUGAAUCUGAGUUGCUACAGGACAUGAAGACUGUCCACGGAUAAAUUUGCAACCAUUUCUGAGCUUUUUUUCAGAGUUUAAUUGACUUGUCAGACAGAUAAAAAUAAAAGCAUAUCAUUUGAGUUCUUUUUCAGUUAAAUCAACAUUAUGGUAAAUGGGCUUUGAUGUGCAUUAGUGAUCACAUAUAAUAAUAAUGAGCUGAAUGUGGUACCAAUAACUUUUUUGCAUCUUUAGUUUGAAUGUAAUGUAAUAUAACAGCAAGAUUAAAAAUUUGCAUUCAAAUAAGACAUAAAAAUCAAAUUACCAUUUUUGUUUUUAAAAAGCCACUGUAGGCUUAACUCAUUAUUGAGGAAACCAGGCUUUAAUCACUUGAACCCCAAUGUCCCUUGUAGACUUUAUCUCCUUAGCUGACAAAUUUGUUAUCUUCGUAAACAGUCUUUGACAAUCCUGUGAACCUCUCAAACCUACAGGAGAUAAACAUUACAGACCACAUCAACCACCACAGUGAGCUGGUCCUUUUCAGCUACAUCACAUUACAAUUUCUUACACUCACAUUCAUUCAAGCCACAAUUUCAGAGAAAGAAAAUGCUGCAAGAAGCACAUUUGUCACAAAAAAUACACUAGUCUGAUUUUAAACUCUUAGGACUCUUAAAGAUGGCAGCUUCUUUUUAGGUGCAAUUAUGUCACAGCAUUGUAUAUUUAAAAGUUUAAAUUAUUUCUAUAUAAAAAAGGAGAAAAUGGCUAACACACUACCAUUAAGUGUAAAACUGGGGAUUGGGAUGUGAUAAAUUAGCAUACAAAGUUUUACACUGAAAUUUGCUUAGGUGUACGGAGUUGCUCCACAUCACGGAAAGUUUAUGUUAUCAUUUAUUCUCUCACUCCCAUUCUCCUCACUUAACCAUGCAGUGACAACAUGUUACCAGUCUUCCUUAAAGGGUAAGUUUAAUAUUUUUCAACCUUGUUUAAAUGGAGUCUGGUGAGUUUGGUGAUUUAGAGGCUGUUUCUGGUUAAACAAAAAGAAUCUUACUCUUUAACAAAAAGGUCUAUCUCUGUAGGGAUCAUUUCAGUAAUGUUGUCAGACACUGAGAAUAAUAAUCUGAGCCUGUCAGUGGCAAAAACAAACACUUUCAGUGGACGUAAACUGACAGUGCACAACUGCCCCAAGUGUUUACAUUGCAGCCUGUUUUGCCGCUGCUGGCUGCAGCGCUCGCAUUCAAUACUGGGCCAGUUUAAAAAAACUGCUCCCAUAAGUCACUUACAAACAAAAACAUGGGAUAAUAGUGCCAGGUUAAAAAUGACUGAACUUACCCUUUAAAAAAAAUUCACAUUGGCUAAACAAGUGAAGU